AGAGUUGAGGAUACACGAAGAUCUCCCCUUCUAACUUCCUGCGACAGUGUGACACCAGAGUCAAGAACACACCUCGGAACCUUCCAUCCCUCAACCCAUCGAGCUCACCCUGAACAACAGUUUUAGAGGAGGCGAUGACUAAAAGGAAGUAGCAGCAAAGGCAGCCAAGAUUAAGAUCCGUUUCGCUAGUUUCAUGGCAGGUGUGCACAGAUUCGCACAACGUCAUCCGUUCAUAAAGUAAAAUAAUGCCAAGGAAUCCAUACAGCAAGAGUGGCUCAUCGGGGCAGAGUUCACUACUGGAACGAUGCUUGAUAAUUGGGGGACUAUUGGGCAUUUUCUCUUUUGCUACAAAUUUUCAUUCCAUCCUUCUGGGUGGUGGCACCAAUGCAAAGACACGGAAGACUUUCCGACGUGACAAAUCCAAGCCCAAGGAAUCACUGAGGAUUGCCUUUGUGGGCAACAGUAUUCUCUUUGUCAAUGAUUCUCCUGGUUUACUGGCAAGAUUGAUUGAAGCUUCCGGAAAGUACCAUGUUAUGUAUGAAUCUUGUAUGAAACCAGGCAUGUAUCUGAACAUUAUUCAUUCGGACAUGGGUGGAUGCGACCCUGGACUUACCCAGUCACACCAAGAUCUGACAAUGGACAAACUCUUUGACAACACGACACAGAGCUGGGAUUAUGUCGUUCUCAAUGAUCAAACCAAAGCUCCUGCCACACCAAUGGAGCAAAUGACCACCAAUGUUCUUCUAAAGAGAAAAUUUGCCCAACAGUCUUGGGAUACUGGGGCAACACCUAUCUUCUUGCAGACAGCUGCUUAUCAACAUACCAAAACUGAAUUUGGCACUUUUGAACAAUUCACAAAAUUAUUGCAUGAUGGAUAUCAUGAUUAUGCGAACGAGGUCACAGAGUGCUUUCAAAAACGACGGCAAUCUGAUACUAGCAUUGGAACCAGGAGACCCAAGGAAGCAAGAGUCUCACCAGUGGGAGAGGCCUAUGCAGAAGUCAAGUCCAAAAAUGUAGAACUAUGGGAACAGCUUUACAUGGCAGAUGGUGUUCAUCCUACCCCCUUGGGAACAUGGCUACAAGUUUGUGUUCUCUAUGCCACCAUGCUAAACGAGGAACCACCAGAUUAUGAUCCUGCGUUUUGGAAAACUGGGCCUGGAACUUACCGAACUUCGGGACCGUUGCCCACACAAGAACAAGCAACAGAACUGUGGAGUGCAGCCUUGCGAGUGACAGGAAUCAUGGACGACCAGUUCUAUGUAGAUCACUCCUAGCCAGACUGAGGGCCACGUCUGUUUUGUUGAUCAGCGCAUGGGCAAGAUAUUGCAUGUGAGGAGAUCUUUGCACGGAGAGUGUCCCAGAAUUCAUCCAACCGUUCGAUUCCGCUCCAACAUGCCUCUGAACCAGAUGUAGAGUUUUCAGCAGGACUGACAUGCUUAAAGUUGACUCGAUUUGCUUGGGGACUAUGUUUUGAUUUGACCUCUAAACCAGUCAUUCCGGGUUAGACUUGUCAAGGUAUAAAUUGGAAGAAUGCUAGCUAGCUAGAGAAUGAAUGAUCAAUCAACUAAAACGCCCAGCUAGCUGGACUGCGAGAGAUCUUCAGCUGGCUACUGGCCACAUCUAUCUUUUCCCCUCUAGCUGGUAGCAACCCACAUAUUAUUAGGGAGGGAGCGAAAGAGGCUUGCUUUGGUACCCGACUCGUUUCUUUGAACCAGUUUACUUGAGGCAGCAGUCUCUCCUGAUUCCUGAUCCAUACUACCACCCUGUGAACUUGGGGCUGGUUGUUGGAACCAGCGUUACUCCGCUGGGGGUAUUUCGUUCUUGCCCAAGAAGUGCAUUGGACAUUGGACACAGUGGGAUUUCGGCCACUGGUCAAGCAACCAAUUUUGACAGUUGACAGUGCUAAAUGGAUUUCCUUCAUACUCCCGGACUUCCUUCGUACCGUACCACGCACCCUGCCUGAAAGCAAGCUGGCUGAUUUUUGCUUAUUGAAGCUCGAGGCAUCGUGGAUUCUCCGCUUUACUACUGCCAGAUACCCCAGCUCUCACACGAGUGUCUGCAAAUGCAGCCAGCAGCGCUCGCUUCUUCCGAGGAAACUGGAAACAAUUCGAAAGACUCGACUCUGCUGAUUCCGGCCGUCUGACCGUCCACCGUCAACCGGAAUCUAGCCUCCACUCAUCUACAGA